AUGAACCAGCUAAGGAGCACUGGCACGUGGCAUACCCCGUCUAGUUUGGGGCUACUGUUCCUGGGGCUGCUGCUCCUGCCAGCUAUGGUGGCCUCUGCCAGCGACACCGGUGAGAAAGACUCAGACCUACAUUGCCUGUGUGUGAGGACCACCUCCACCGUCCAUCCCAAGCAUGUCAACAGCCUGGAAGUGAUCAGGGCAGGGCUCCACUGCCCCAAGGUUCAACUGAUAGCUACCCUGAAGAAUGGAAGGAAGAUCUGCCUGGACCAGCAGGCCCCCAUCUAUAAGAAAAUAAUCAAGAAACUUUUGAAAAAUUAG